AUGACGGCGAGAGGCACGGAGGGCAACGUGAUGGGGCUGUUGCUGAGGGAGAGGAUUGUGUUCCUCGGAAGCAGCAUCGACGACUUUGUGGCUAAUGCUAUCAUGAGCCAGUUGCUAUUGUUGGAUGCCCAAGACCCCACUAAGGAUAUCAGGCUCUUUAUUAAUUCCACUAGUGGCUCUCUCAAGUUAGACGAGCCCCUUCUCCUCUCCGAUACUAUUACUAAAGAAGAAGGACAGUUGCUGGCGGAUGUGUGUCGAUUAUUGAGCACUCAACGCCAUUACAAUUCGCGAUCGUUUCCAAUGUCAACUAUAGACGAGUUAUUGGAAGACCUUGGCAAGGCUUCCUGGUUCACCAAGUUGGACCUUCGUCAAGGUUUCCAUCAAAUUCUGAUGGUUGAAGAAGACAUUUCCAAAACGGGCUUCCGAACAAAUCAUGAGCACUACGAAUACCAUGUUAUGCCUUUUGGAUUGUGUAAUGCCCCUUCUACUUUUCAAGCUACUAUGAAUGCUCGCCUUUAG